AGGUGACCUGUCUCCCCACAACUCCCCCCAACCCAAUGAACAAGAAGACAGAGCUGCUGAUUUCAUGUACAUGAAGGAAGGAGGAGCAACAUGACCACGUGAUCCAGCUUGAUGAGGACAGGAAGUAACCUGUGGGUUCAGUCUGUCUCUUCUUCCAGCUAACAGAGGAGGGAACUGAAGGCUGAGGUGGGUCAAGCAGACAGAUGUCAGACCAGGAUAUGAGUGUUUGUUUAAAGAAAAAGGAGGACUCAGCAGAUCCUCCUGGAUCCAGCUGGAAGAGUGACUGGUCCAAAGAUUCUCCUCCUGACUUUGGAACUGAACCUGGACCCUCUGACUCAAAAGCGACUGGUGGCAGUUUAUCAGAGAUCAGCUGUGCUUCUCUGGCCUCAGCUCUGAAGUCCAACCGCUACUGUUUGGACCUGAAGUCCCAAAGGCUGGAUGAUUCAGAAGUGAAGCAGCUGUGUGGUUUUCUGGAGAGUCCAAACUGCAGACUGAAGACUCUGAGAUUGAGUGGCUGCAGUUUGACAAAAAUCGGCUGUGCUUCUCUGGCCUCAGCUCUGAAGUCCAACCCCUCCCAUCUGAGAGAGCUGGACCUGAGUAACAACAAGCUGCAGGAUUCAGGAGUGAAGCAGCUGUGUGGUUUUCUGGAGAGUCCAAACUGCAGACUGGAGACUCUGAGAUUGAGUUACUGCAGUUUGACAAAGAUCAGCUGUGCUUCUCUGGCCUCAGCUCUGAAGUCCAACCCCUCCCAUCUGAGAGAGCUGAACCUGAGAGGAAACAAGCUGCAGGAUUCGGGAGUGAAGCAUCUGUGUGGUUUUCUGGAGAGUCCAAACUGCAGACUGGAGACUCUGAGAUUGACAUCCUGCAGUUUGUCAGAGAUCAGCUGUGCUUCUCUGGCCUCAGCUCUGAAGUCCAACCCCUCCCAUCUGAGAGAGCUGUGGCUGAGAGGAAAUGACCUGCAGGAUUCAGGAGUGAAGCAGCUGUGUGGUCUUGUGGACAGUCCAAUCUACAGACUGGAGACUCUGUGGUCAGGGAUUACAGGAAAACCGAAGAAAGCUGACAAACACAUGAAAUGUCUGAAGUCCCUACACUUCCUCUCUCUAUCAGGGGACAACAGGGUCCAACAGGGUGUGAAGGAAGAGCUUCUCCUGCAGGAUGAUGACAGAGAGGCUCCAUCAUCCUUCUCUCCUGAACAGACGGAGUCUGGAUACAGGUUCAGGUGUCCUGGUCAAGGUGAGUUCCAGUGUGCUUUGACUGGACUGGUGUUUGUUACGGCAAAGGAGGCGGAGCCUCUGUACAGGACUGUCCAAUGGGAUGAGGGCCUCCUCCAAUCAGCUGGCAAGGAAGCUGCAGGGCCGCUGUUCAACAUCCAGAGUUCAGAGGGAGCUGUGUGUCAGCUCCACCUCCCUCACUGUGAAUCACAGGAAGGGCUGCUUGUUGAUGACCUGCUGUCAGUCGUCCACAUCACUGAUGAUGGGAUGAGCCUCUUGAAGCCGCUGAAGAUCACAGACACUCAUGUGGUCGUGGACGUCUCUCACCUCUCCUUCUUUGGUCUGGUCAGGUCUUUACCUAAAAGAUUUUGGCCGAUAAAAAGCCUAGUCCUGCUGUUCCUCCGACCUCCAAACAGAAGAUAUGAAGUGCUGGAUGUGUGUCUGCUGCCGCACAACGUCGUUCUGAGUGAGGUCGUCGCCCAACAAGGAGAUGCUGAGUACAUCAAGAUCUCUUCUCGCUGUCGCCUGUACUGUGAUCAAAGUUACAGCGUCCACUGUGAACCUGAGGGCUUUAAAAUACAACCCAAGGAUGAACUAUUUUCUGAAGAGUAUGGACCAAACUUCCCCCCAACAUUUGAAGUGUUCCUCACUUCUGAACCAGAGGAAGUGACUCUGAUGAUCCAGGAUAAAGACCAGAAAGAAGUCUGGAAGCGUGAUGUGUAUCUAUCAGACUCAAGAAACAAAAUUCUGCAGAGGAUUGUCCCAACAGUGGACAGGGUCCCAGCACGGGACAGGGUCCCAGCACUGGACAGGGUCCCAGCACUGGACAGGGUCCCAGCAGAGGAGAGACUGAAGGCAGUUAGGACAGAGUUUGUGGACAGUGUGUCUGACUCUGUUCUGGACAAGCUUCUGGAUAUCCUCCUGGAAACAGAUGUAAUGAAGGACAAUGAGUAUCAGAAAUUCAGGACAGGAAGUACAGCAGAUAGAGCACGAUAUUUGAUCGAUGUCAUGCGAGGAAGGGGAACUGAAGCCAGUUCCAAAAUGAUCACUGCUCUCUGUGAGGUGGAUCUGUAUCUCUCCAGAAAGCUGAAAUUAUUGUGAAGGGAAAGGAACAGAACACAGACGUGAUGAUGAAGACAGCUGGUUGUUUUAUAUUUACAUGUUACUUGUUGUUACCUUAAAAUGAGGACUGUCACUCUGAAAGGGAUUUACUCCAAUCUGGAAACAGACCUCACUGUGACCAAGCACACUGGGGACUGAAUUGGAUGUUGUUUUGACAGACCUUUGGUCCCAUUAAAUAAAACAGAAUCCCAAAGUUCUUAAUAAACGUGAAACAUCAACUCAU